UCUCAGACUCCUGCACAAACACGAGCUGACUCUCUGGGAUUUGGGUAAAUAACUGCUGCUCCAAAUCAUUUUCCUGCUGCUCCAGAUAGCAGUUUUUUUUGUUGAGUCUUUAUACUGAAGGCAAUGUCAGGAAAGAUGUGCAGCAGCAACAGUGUUAUUCAGGCUCAAAAACUGGUGGAUCAACUUCGGGUGGAGGCGAGCACGGAGAGAAUAAAGAUCUCCCUGACUGCAGCAGACUUGGUCCGGUACUGUCAGGAGCACAGGCGCCAGGACCCUCUGCUCACCGGCAUCGCUGCCUCGUCCAAUCCUUUCAAAGAUAAGAAGAGCUGUGUGCUGCUCUGACAGUCCUGAAGAGCCGAGCACACACGGACCACUCCUGCCUGAGUACAGACACGGAUUCUCUCCUGUCAAACGUGGACAAUAUAAACCUUCUAGAGCGGCAAUUCAUCGUCUACCUACCACUGAGAUAGUGCCAACAAUUACACUUUUUUUUUUCCUACAUCUACUUUAAAGACAGCUCCCGGCAUAGGUGAGGAAUAACUUAAUUGUUUUGCAUUACAAAAUCAAUUAAGGUUUGAUUUCAACCUUCCAAUAGUAAGGCAUUACAUUGACUAAGGACUCAAGUAAACAAUUUGUAGUAUUAAUAGCAGCUUUAUCCAAACAUUGAGCACAGACCUGUUCAAUCAUGACUCCCCUCGGGGCAGUGAACAC